AUGAUAUUCAACGGCGGCUGUUAUUGUGGCAAUGUCCGCUAUCAGCUCAACCUCGACUCGCCAGAUGAUGCUCGAAUGAGUAUCUGUCAUUGCAGGAAUUGCAAAAGCACGCUGACAAGAGAGUUCUGCGAUUCUUGCGGGUCCGGAAUCCUGGAAUACGGGGGAAAUGCUGGGGAGAAUACAUACGUCUUCUAUGGCAGCCUCGACGAGCCAGACAAGCUCCCACCGAAAGGAGAAUUCUUCUGCAAGAAUCGCGCAGAAUGGAUGCCUGAGAUUCCAGGGCUUUUUCACAAGCGCGAGAUUAAAGAGUAG